ACUGGGUGUCGCAGGACCCUUCACCUUCACUGUGGGCUUGGCUCAGGGAUGACUACGGGCAGAGUCAACCCUUACAGCAUCGUGUCCUCCGAGGAAGACGGGCUGAGGUUGACCACCAUGCCAGGCAUCAACGGCUUUGGCAAUGGGAAAAUCCACACCAGGAGGAAAUGCAGGAACAGGUUUGUCAAGAAGAACGGUCAGUGCAACGUGGAGUUCACCAACAUGGAUGACAAGCCUCAGAGGUACAUUGCAGACAUGUUUACCACGUGCGUUGACAUCCGCUGGAGGUAUAUGCUCUUGCUCUUUUCCUUGGCGUUUCUAGUGUCCUGGUUGUUGUUUGGGCUGAUUUUCUGGCUAAUUGCACUCAUUCAUGGAGACCUGGAGAACCCAGUUGGAGACGAUACCUUCAAGCCUUGCGUUCUGCAGGUCAAUGGCUUUGUGGCUGCUUUUCUGUUCUCCAUCGAGACCCAAACGACUAUUGGUUAUGGCUUCCGCUGCGUGACGGAGGAGUGCCCGCUCGCGGUCUUCAUGGUGGUGGUUCAGUCCAUCGUGGGGUGUAUAAUUGACUCUUUCAUGAUUGGUGCAAUAAUGGCAAAGAUGGCCAGGCCCAAAAAACGGGCCCAGACUUUGCUUUUCAGCCAUAACGCAGUAGUGGCAAUGAGAGAUGGAAAACUCUGCCUCAUGUGGAGAGUUGGGAACCUCCGGAAAAGCCACAUAGUAGAAGCCCACGUACGAGCUCAGCUCAUUAAGCCCAGGAUCACAGAAGAAGGGGAGUACAUACCGCUUGACCAAAUAGACAUCGACGUGGGCUUUGAUAAAGGCUUGGACCGUAUCUUCUUGGUGUCUCCCAUCACCAUUCUCCACGAGAUCAACGAAGACAGCCCCUUGUUCGGGAUCAGCCGCCAGGACUUGGAGACAGACGACUUUGAGAUCGUGGUCAUUCUGGAAGGCAUGGUGGAAGCCACCGCUAUGACAACGCAAGCUCGGAGCUCCUACCUGGCCAGUGAGAUCCUCUGGGGCCACCGCUUCGAGCCAGUCUUGUUCGAGGAGAAAAACCAGUACAAAGUAGACUAUUCCCACUUCCACAAAACCUAUGAGGUCCCAUCCACCCCCCGCUGCAGCGCCAAGGACUUGGUGGAGAACAAAUUCCUGCUGUCCAGCACCAACUCCUUCUGCUACGAGAACGAGCUGGCCUUCAUGAGCCGCGACGAGGAAGAGGAAGACGACGACAGCCGGGGUUUGGAGGAACUGAGCCCAGACAACAGGCACGAGUUCGACAGGCUGCAAGCCACAAUAGCGUUGGAUCAGAGGUCAUACAGGAGGGAGUCGGAAAUAUGACUCUUGGUCCUUCCAUUGACUUUUCCGAGGGUAUUUUUUUUCCUCCUCUAAUCUCUUCCCCUACAACCCGCUCCAAUUAUGCAGAACAAUGCAAGUGCCAUAGGAAUGCUUGAGAAAUUAGUAUCGUUCAUAGUGUUCAGUUUCAUCGCAAUAACCACUGAGCGGUCUGCAGGAGGGGACGGCGGCAGGGCCACGGCGCCCGGUGCCCGCGGUGGGGCCGAUGGCUCUGGGGGGAUGGAUGGAUAGAUGA